UUCCGAAAUAGCCACCAACUAAUUAGUUGGUCUGUGCACUAUGUUGCGGUAGGCAUCUUGAAUGAUCUAGUGUCGACAGUGCACAAUGUUGUAGCCUAUGAGCGACGAGGAGGACAUCGGAGAGGACGACCGUAGAAUCUUGCGAUCGGGUAGACGCCCGAUAGCCCACGUGUCCUUAGGACCGGAGGGUGAUAGGAUUCUGUUCCGCCGGCUUAGGGAGAGGCAGCAGCAGCAGAGGAGGGCUAGAGCAGCCGAGGCCAGCAGAAAUUUAGGUAGCGAGGCCGGUGCUACAGCAGCCAUGACCACUACAACCAUGGUCACUUCUGCGCAGCAGACUUCCCAAGCCAGUAGUUCAGGUGUCGUCGGGUCAACGGUCGCGCAGACCGUGAGCCAGUCCACUGGCGUUAUGGCAAGCCAGGCCGCGGUGUUGACUCCAGAGGAUGUCGCCAUCCAGCAGGUAGCCCUGCAGGAGGCACAACUACAGCGGGCAUUAGGAGAGAUAAAAGCGGAAAAGGAAAAGAUGAUCAGAAGAAGAGCCAGGAUGCAGCGGAGAGGGGCAGAUAUAGAGGAGUUAGAUACGAUGGACCUGAUGCAUAUGGAUGAUGAUGUGAAGGUAGUUAGGAAGGCCCUGCUAGGCGUAAUAGAGAUGCAGGAGCAUAAAACUACCAUCCUUCAGGACAUUCAACAGAGCCUAGCCGCUUUGGCAGGCCGUGCUCAGGCAGCACCAUCACCAGCCGGGCCUGGUGCUUGGCCCGUGCCAUAUCCUCCUUUUUCUGUCCCACCGGUGAUCGGGGUAUCCCCAUAUGUAGCCCCGUCAUCGGUUGCUAUCGUUUCCAUGGGCAUGCCGCUGUCAGGAGGGGUAACAGCAGGGAGUAGUUUGCAGGUUCCUAUUCAGACAGUGUUCACUCAAAGUUCGUCGCAGGUUGCAGUCACCACGCAGCCUGUGCAGCCUCAGGGCACGCAGCCCCAGCAGCUAGCACAGCAACCUGUGUCACCGGGUCCACAGCCCGGAGUGGUGCAGGGACCGGGACAAACUCAGUGGGUUCCAAAGAUGGCCAUCGCCGCUCCCAAACCUUUUACAGGGGAUAAGAGGGGCGAAGACCUCGACACGUGGUUGAGGGCAGUGCCGGUCUACGUCAGGUGUAAACUCACCUUGCCGCACGAAGAAGUGUUUGUGGAUGCUUCCUACCUAGAGGGUAGUGCAGCAAGAUGGCUGAGUGGUUUGUGGACAGAUGAGUGCGAGGCUGCUUUCAGACAUCUGAAGCAUGCGUUGACGCACUACGAGGUCUUGAAGCUUCCUGAUCCUGACAAGCCGUUCAUAGUCACCACGGAUGCUAGCCAAUAUGGCAUUGGCGCCGUGCUCGCGCAACAGGAGGGGCCAAAGUUGAGGCCAGUAGAGUACAUGUCCAAGAAAAUGCCGUCUCAGAAGUUGGCUAAGUCCACUUAUGAGAAGGAACUCUAUGCGGUGUACAAGGCUCUCACCCAUUGGAGACACUAUCUCCUUGGGAGGUUCUUCAUCCUCAGGACUGAUCAUCAGACCCUGAGAUGGAUGAGAACCCAGCCGGUGCUCUCUGACGCUCUCAAGCGUUGGAUUGAAGUCAUUGAGCAAUAUGACUUUGACCCUCAGUAUCUCAAAGGGGAGUACAACAAGGUUGUUGAUGCCUUGUCGCGCAGACCGGACUUCUCAGGUACGCUGAUUACUGAGUUCGAUCUAACAGAUAAUGUUACUCAGUCUCUAGUGGAAGCCUAUCGCGAGGACCAGUUUAUGUCUGAGAUCAUACGUAGACUUGAGGCGAAGGACAAGAAGACUUCCGCCGAGUUUGAAUUGGUCAAUGGCUUGCUGUUCCUGGAGAAGGCAGGGAAUAAACGCUUGUGUGUUCCAAAUAGCGAGUCUUUGCAUAGUUUGUUUUUAGGUGAGUGUCAUGAUGCCACCGGCCAUUUUGGGUAUAAGAUGACCGCAGCCAACUUGCUGCAGCGGCUCUGGUGGCCCACGAUGAUGCGAGAUGCCCAGCUGUACGUGGAGACUUGUCAAGUUUGUCAACGGGACAAGCCACGUACUCAGGAUCCUCUUGGGCUUUUGAAGCCCCUUCCGAUUCCGGAACGGCCUGGUGAGAGUCUGUCCAUGGAUUUCAUGGAUACUCUGAUCACCAGCAAGAAUGGGAUGCGUCACAUCUUCGUCAUUGUGGAUAGAUUUAGUAAGUAUGCUAAGUUAGUAGCUAUGCCGGAAACAGCAAAGACGGAGUACGUGAUCCGAAUGUUCAAAGAAAACUGGGUUAGAGACUUUGGUUUACCGAAGUCUAUUGUUAGUGACAGGGAUGUCAGGUUUACCAGCGAGUUGUGGAAGGCCGCUGCUGCAGAGCAGGGCACUCAGUUGCAAAUGACUUCUGGGAAUCACCCUGAGGCUAACGGCCAGGCCGAGCAACUGAACCGCGUUGGCCUGUUGGCUCUUUCUGUCUUGUUGGGGCCGUUGUUCCGGCUCAUGUUCCCACUGGGGUUCGGACGCGUAUGCACGUCCCGCAUGUUUAUUCGAUCUGGGACAGUGAAGCCUGGCCCUACACCUGCGGAACAGGCAGAAGUAGACCGCAAGCUGGCAGAAAAGAAAAAGGAAAAAGAAGUCAAGAAAAAACAGAAAGAAGAAGAGGCAAGAAAAAAGAUGAAAGAGAAGAUGGAGAAAGAAUUGGAAGAAGAGUUAAAGAGUAUACAAGAAGAAGAAGAAGAAACAGAAUAUGAGGAAGAACAGACACUGCAAAGACAUCAUCCCAUUGACAUUCCGGAGAGUAGUACAACUCAGCGGCUUCCUGUUGAACCGCUGGAUUGGGCUGGACAGUACUAUUACUCCAGCGAACCCUUAAAGGAAUCUGAAGAAGAACACGACGUGUUCAUUGUCAAAUUGGCCACUGUGACAGACAGCGUUGAACGCAACCUGAUGCUAGAAGAAAAAAGGGCGGAGCUGAACAGAAAGUUGCUGGCAGCCAGACGUCAAGAAGUAGAAGAAAAGAAAAGAUUGCAGGCAAAAGGGAAAAAAUUGCAAAGGGCUUUAGAAGAGCAAAAGGAAAACCCCCCUGCAACCGAAGAACAGCUUGCACUUCUCAGGGAGGCCGUCCUCAACACGAGGCAAGACAUGAAUUUAAUGUGUCAGACCUUGCAACGUGUAGAAACACAUCGGGUGGAAUUCGAAACGGUUUGGAACAACUUCCUCGAGAAGUCAGCCAAGGAUGUUGACCAACAUGUCCAAACAUACAUCCGAGCUUUGGAUGAGCACGUCACUAAAACAUUCACCCCGGAGAUCAUAGAGAAGAUUGUAAGGGGAGCUGGAGGCGGCGAAGGCGAUGGUGAUGACGACGACGAUGAUGAGAAGAAGGGAAAAAGGAGGGGGGAUCCAAAAGAUAAACUUCCUCAGGAAACCGGGCAGAGUACCUCUGCAUUGAAGGCAACUAUGGACGAACUGUUACAAUGCCCUGAUCAUGGAUUAACGUCGGCCCAAAUCUUAAACAGUUUUGCACGAGCACUCYCGGAUCCYCUGAGAACACAACUCUAUCCCCGCACCAAAGAAGAGGGGAUGACAUAUGAGAAGUUCGGCAAGAUCGCAAUAGAUCACGCCGGCUUCCUCGCCGAAGCGAACUAUUGCCAUUACUGGAAGGAUCUGCAAGCGGGUAAAAGAUGGCAAAACCGCACUAUCUCAGGGUCUAUACCUGGGAAGGACAGUCUCCUUCUAACCUUUGAGGAAGGAGGCGCUGAGACCAUCUCCUGGGAUCACGUAGACUAUGGUCUCGAUGAACCCAACAGACCGGUAGCUCAGGAGGGGAGUUACGCGGCUGUUGCAGCCCGCGGGGAGGGCGUCAAGGAAGAGGACGUGGCCGAGGAAGAGGUCGCGGCCGUGGUGGACGAGGAUUCGGCACCCAGAGGGGUGGUGGUGAAGGAAGCCACUACAUGGGAGGAAGGGGAAAUGGUCCCUCGCAAGGUGGCCGUGGUUCUUACUCCACCUGGGGUAGAGGAAGGGGCACAUGCAGCGCCAGGCCGCACGACAGACAUAGCGAAGCAGCUCGGAGAGCGCAUCGACCAUGUCGUCAACAUCAACAGCGACCUGGGUGACUUUACCAGUCUGGCCACUAUCAGCAGCACGGUGGCCGCCAUCAAGACGAACAUCACCAAACUGCAGUCACAACCGGAAGCCGCCGCGAAGACAUUCAAGAUGCCACGCUUCAACAUCGCCAAGUUCGACGACUACAAUGAAACGGAUGCGUUAGCAUAGUGGCAAGCCUUCGUCACCGAAGCUGCCUGACACCACGUACCAGACGACCUGAUGAUGACAGCACUCUACCUCGAACUCAUUGGAGGAGCACAGCAUUUGUGAACCACACGGCGGCCAAUCUGGGAACCACCAUCGCCGACCUGCACAAACACAUCAGGUGGGAGCAACUUGAGCAAAUGUGGCACACUCGAUUCAUGGUCCGAAACGUAGUGAAGGCGGCCAUGAACGAGGUCUACUCCAGCUCGCAAGGGAACAUGUCAACACGCGACUGGACAAUCAAGUGGCAAAAGAUAG